AUGGGUCGAUCAGAAAUCCGCAAUAUAUGCAAAGUCUCACUUGAUGAGCCUGCAGAAAGUCAGCCAAAACUUCACAACAGAUGGCACCCAGACAUUCCGUUCGCUGACACUAUCAAAAAUGGCGAAACGGUCAAAAUAGAAUGUGUUGACUGGACUGGGGGUCAGAUCAAAAACGAUGACAGUGCGGAUGAUGUGAAGAAUGUCGACCUGACAAGAAUCCACUACUUAUCUGGACCCUUCGAAAUCGAGACAGCAGAGCCAGGUGAUGUAUUGGUUGUCGAAAUUAUGGAUGUGCAGCCACAUCAGGAGCAUCCUUGGGUACCGGUGAGCAAUGAGCAGGUGUUUUCGCCAAAGAAAAUGGAGGCGGUUUUCUGGAUGAGAUUUACCCAUCGGCCCACGUGGAAUAAACGUGAGGGAGAAUUGAUCGCCGCGAAUAAGCUGGACAGGAUCGUUGCUCAACCACCAAAUCCUCGAAAUGUACAUGCAGGUUCGGCACCUGAGGACGUCAAAAAAAAGGUUGCUCGCGAAGGUGCAAGAACAAUCCCAGGUCGUCCGGAACAUGGCGGAAAUUGUGACAUUAAGAAUCUUAGCAGAGGAAGCAAGGUGUACCUUCCAGUGCACGUGAAGGGGGCUAAGUUUUCUGUUGGAGAUCUCCAUUUCUCUCAGGGCGAUGGUGAAAUCUCAUUCUGCGGUGCCAUUGAGAUGUCUGGCAUUAUUACCAUCAAUUUCAAGGUAAUGAAAAACGGCAUGGCAGAUCUUGGAAUGAAAUCACCACUAUACCUCCCUGGUCCAGUCGAACCACAUUACGGGCCAGGAAGAUACCUUACCUUCGAAGGGUUCAGUGUGGAUCAUCAUGGCAAACAGGUACGUAGGACAUCACGUCUAUCCGAAGAUUUUAAAUACUAA